CAUACCUGUAUACAUUACAGGAAGACUUUCGAGAAAAGCCAGUCGUUUAUCGAUAGUGACAAAAAAUGACAAAACCUCCGCGUUUGGGAAAACUCCUUCAAGUGGCAGUCGGUCAAGUUAUUUCAAAGAAGAAGAAAUGGGUAAGUGUUGCAUAUAUUUUCUGCCCAAAGGGCAAAGAGAUGCCAUCGCAAUAAGCAAUGAAAUCAAACACAUCCUUGCGGAGCAGAAAAAACAAGAACUUCGAGAAAUCAAAGUGCUUUUACUAGGCACAGGAGAAAGCGGAAAGACCACAUUUAUGAAGCAAAUGAGGAUCAUUCAUGGAGAAGGUUUUUCAGAAGAUGAGAGGCGUAGCUACACUAAACUGGUUAUACAGAAUAUCUUUACAGCUAUGAAGGCAAUGACACAGGCCAUGUCCACCCUAAAGAUUCCAUACGUCAACCCACAAAAUGAGGUAUACUCCCAGAUUUUCAGAUGUCUUGAUGAUCAGGAUAUUUAUCGGAUAGUUCAGAUUCAAAAAGGUCAUGUGGAGGCUAUCCGACAUCUUUGGGACGAUAAAAGCUUCAAGAUCUGCUACAGUCGACGUGGAGAGUAUCAGCUUAUAGAUUCCACUACUUAUUUUAUUAAGAACUUGGACCGUAUCGCGGCUGAAGCCUAUAUCCCAACAGAUCAAGAUGUUCUACAAGUCCGAUUCCCCACCUCGGGUAUCACAGAUCACUGCUUUAAUAUGGAUAAGAUCAGACUUAGGAUUGUAGAUGUUGGGGGACAAAGGGGGCAGAGACGAAAAUGGAUCCAUUGCUUUGAGAAUGUGACAUCAGUCAUAUUUUUAGCCUCCCUCAGCGAGUAUGACCAACUGUUGGAGGAGAAUAACACGGAUAAUCGCAUGCAAGAGAGCUUGUCUCUUUUCUACACAACCAUCCACUCAGAAUGGUUCCGCAAUUCCUCCGUUAUCCUCUUCUUGAACAAACAAGACAUCCUGGCUGAAAAGAUUCAGAUCUCUGACUUAAGAGCAUAUUUUCCUGAAUAUAAAGGUAAACGGCGAGACAAACUUGAUGCCAUGAACUUCAUUAAACAGUUGUAUCAACACGAGACAAUUUGUCGUGAGAAAAAUAGCACCAAAGGCAUCUACUGUCACUUCACCUGCGCCACAGACACCAACAAUAUCAGGAAAGUCUUCAGUGAUGUCAAAGACACUGUUCUCAUGAAAUCUCUACAAGAGUUCAUCUUUACCUGAAAGAAACGUCUGGACUAAAAGGUCUACAGUAUACAGUCAGAGGUUUAUUCUGGCCACGAUCAGCCCAUCCGAACAGAGAGAAUAGUGUUCAUUGUAUCAGCCUCACCAACCUUUACUGGUAAAAUUACUUUCGAGGCAAACUGACAAAAACUGUGGUUUUCUUAAUCAGGUUGCAAAAAGUCAGGCAAUUACAUAAGAGCUUGCCAGAUCAUCAAAGUACUUUCUGGAUUUGCAUGUAAGAUACAGAGUGUUGGAAGGCCAUGGGUGUGAACUUCAGUUCCACUCAAGACUGAUGUUCAUCUCAAGUAUAUGAUUUCCAAAUCAAUGCAGAACAUUUGUAUGUGUAUGUAUGUAUGUAUGUAUGUAUUAAAAUGUUUCCCUUUAAUAUUUUGUAGAGUUAAAAAUUGUGCUUUUGUAUAUUCAUUAACUAAGUAGCCUAAAUGUUUUAGUGUUUUUAUAACAGCGCAUGCUUGGCAUAAAUUAUGAAUGAAAAAAAAUGCAUAGUUUUUACU